UAGCUUCGACUGGCGCUUCGGUCAUCUCUUGGUUAUGGGUUAUACACGUUGACUGUAAACAGCAGCAGCUUUUUAGCAUGGAUUUCGAUGUUGUAGCUUAAUGUUUUAGUUUUUAGCUAUUUGUUUUUAAUGUGUUGUGGUCAGAAUGUCGUUGAAACUCAUGGCACUUACGUCAGCCAGCGCUAAGCUAAACGUUAGCUGCCAACGGACAGUUUUUAGCCGCUUGACUACUUUGUUGCUGUGUAGUUGAUAGGGUAAGAUAACUUAAUUUAAUGAACACAAUGAUAAAGUGUUUGCCUAAAGAGGUUCAGGGGAAACUUCGCUCCGGUGUCGCUCUGCCCUCACUUCAGCAGUGCGUGGAGGAGCUCAUCCUGAACAGCAUUGAUGCCGAAGCUACCUGUGUGGGAGUCAGGAUGGACAUGGAGGCGUUUAAAGUUCAGGUGAUUGACAAUGGCGCUGGGAUAAACUCCGAGGAUAUGGAUUCCCUGGGAAAUCGAUAUUGCACAAGCAAAUGCAGCUCUGUUGAAGACCUGGACAGCCUCAAGUGGUAUGGUUUCAGAGGAGAAGCCCUUGCAAGUAUAGUUUCUCUCUCCACACUUGUUGAAAUCUCUUCCCGGACCAGAGCAACAGUGAAAACUCAUGUCAAAAUCUUCAAAGAUGGCAAAAGCAUGGACGUGUUUGAAGGAGAGACUGCUCGACCCGCUGCAGGGACAACUGUUGUCGUUUGUAACUUCCUCCACAACAUGCCUGUGCGGAGGAAGAGGAUGGAUGCUGUUCUGGAGGGUGAGAGGAUCAGACACAGGGUGGAGGCUAUUUCUCUGAUGCACCCCUCAGUGUCUUUCACCCUGAAGAAUGACUGCACAGGGGCCAUGAUGGUGCAGCUUCCUAAAGCUAGAAACACCUACCACAGGUUUGUUCAGAUACACAGCCUUGGGAGAGCACAGAAACUUGGAGAAAUCAGCUACACACACGGACAGUUUGAAGUGAUUGGUUAUAUUGGCAGAGAGGGCCACUACAACAACAGUUUACAGUUCCUGUAUGUAAACGAGAGGCUGCUCCUCAAAACACGGAUACACAAGCUCCUUAAUUUUCUCCUACGCAGACUGAGCAAUUCAAACCAAAAAAAUGACAGUCCAGAUAUGCAGUCAGCCGUGAGAAGUCCAAAGACCAAACGGAGCCAAGACCCCCAUGGAGUGUACGUCAUCAAUAUUAAAUGCUCUUACUCCGAGUAUGACAUAUGCCUUGAGCCUGCUAAAACUCUAAUAGAGUUCAAAGAUUGGGAUGGCGUUUUGCUGUGCAUAGAAGAAGCAGUGAAAGCUUUCCUGAGAAGGGAGAACUUGGUGGCCGUGCUUUCUCAAGAUGACUUCGACAAAGCACCUACUGAAUUGUUUGGCACUCACAUUACAGUUGAAGAGGGGCAUAACACUGGCAAUGUUGGCCAAGCAACAAGCAGUGCUUCCACACUAGAUUGCAGUAUUGGAAUGAAACUGGCAUCUGAUUCUGUUCAUCGAAAGCGCCAAGAUGACUGUGUAUGUGAGGAAGAUGUUAGCAGGGAGUCUGGUCAGAUGGAGGGCAAAGAAGAGACUGAACAACAAAGGAAGGAAAAGAUAACGGCAAAGGAGUUGGAAAGUGAAGAGAGCAUAAAUAAAGAUGUUAGAUGUGAGCCAUCAUGUGAUCUAGCUAGACUUAACCCUACAUCUGAUAUUAAGAAUAAUGUAGAAGAGGAGUCCAGUGAAGCUGGUGAAGGCUCUGACAUUUUUUGUAAGUCAAGUUCAGUCGUACAGCUAGAGGGUGAAAAGCUGGAACUCUCAAAAGAAAAUGACAUGUUGAUUAACAAUAAAGACUCAAACGGCAAUGAGACUUUACUAGACUGCUUCACUCAACAAAUUCAGCCCGACAUGAACUAUAUUGAGCAAAUAUUACCUGACUGCCCAGGUACAGGAGGACAUCAUCACACUUUAGUAAGUAACGGAAAGAUCAGUCUGUCCGAUCCAUAUAUUCAUGAGAAUCUGCUGACUCAGGACAUGUCACAAAUGAACAAGUCAGUAUUUCAGCAAAAAUCUGGGCAGAUAUGUGAAGAGAGAUGUGUUGCAUUAAAACGCAGAAUCUUACUGGAAACAAGGCAGGACAGAACUUGUCAGAAACAAGACUUCACUCAUAUCAUUCCCUCAAAGAUUCCCAGGAUUUCAACAUCUCAAAAGUUGUCUUUAUGCAAGGAGUCUGGAUCGCUUGAAAGAUUCAGAAGAGUGUAUGGUAAAUCUGAUGAACUGAAAUUACCCUUUCAGGAGAAUAAAAAUAGAUUUUCUCAGUCAGACGGAUUUGUUAUGCAUUCCCAGAACAAUUUGCUUUGCCAGAAAGAUCAGCAACAUGGUGGGGUGGAAAAAGAAAAAGAGAAAACGAACAGCCCCCUUACACUCUCCGCAUUCACCAAGUUAAAACCAGCCUCAGUGCAGAAUAGAGGCAAAACAUCUUUGGCAACUAAACUCUUCCAAUUGAAACACCAGAGGGCAGACAAUUCAAAAGUAUUACCACAGGACAAGAAGUGUCUCAGUACUGGUAACGAUGACCCCCAAGACGGCAAUAACAACGAGCAUCACUGUAACACCGCUCUGAAUCCUGAGGCGGUCCCAGUUUGCAGUACAAAUCCUCUGCCGGCUGAGGGGGAAGAGGCCUCAGGUGACUGGCUCCAUCACUACGAAACAUCUGUGGGAAAGACGGUGUACGUCAACAAAGUGACCGGGCUCAGCCGAUAUGAUGACCUGCCUCCUGAAGAAACAACAGUGCGCUGUACAUCUGAUGUCACCAACAUGGCCGUUAGUGUCGUCAAUAAAAUGGGGAUGGAGUACAGAUGUUACCCUUUUCAGAUGGAUCUAGUGUUGCCCUUCCUACCUAAAUCCAGGACAGAGAGAGUGAUUAGUUCAGGCCUUGAUGACAGAGAUGCCAAUGUCGAGAGCUCCAACUCACUGACGUCGUUGUACUCAAAAUGGAAAAAUCCUGUGUUCGUUCGUCCUCCUACGGUUGGUGUGGACGUUACGAGCGGACAAGCCGUGGGGCUGGCUGUGAAGAUCCACAACAUCCUGUUUCCUUACCGCUUCUCUAAGGCCAUGAUUCACUCAAUGAAGGUUAUUCAUCAAGUGGAUAAGAAGUUUCUUGCAUGUCUUAUCAAUACGAGAGACGAGGAGCCUGCAGCCAUGACUGAAACUGAAGGAAACCUUUUGGUGCUGGUGGAUCAACACGCUGCACACGAGAGAGUUCGACUUGAAAAUCUAGUUGCAGAUUCAUAUGAGGAGGACCCAGAUGCACCGGGGCAGAAACGUCUGUGUUCAUCAACUAUUCUGCCUCCUCUCGAGAUCACUGUAACAGAAGAAGAGCUCAGGCUGCUCAGAUCAUGUCAGGGACAUUUGCGGAGUCUGGGCCUGGAAGUGAAGUUCUCACAGGCAGCGGAGCCACAAGUGUUUGUUGGGAAGGUACCACUUUGCUUCAUGGAAAAGGAGAGUAAUGAGCUCAGGCGGGGGAGACCAUCUGUUAUCAAGACUAUUGUUGAGGAGUAUCUACGAGAGCAAAUUGAGUUACUCCGCUCCACCGGUAGAGUGAGAGGAACUCUGCCUCUCACUGUGCUGAAGGUGCUAGCCUCCCUAGCAUGCCAUGGUGCCAUCAAAUUCAAUGACAGCCUGAGUAGAGAUGAAUGCCACAGUCUGGUGGCCUCCUUGUCCUCCUGCCAGCUGCCCUUCCAGUGUGCCCACGGCCGUCCAUCCAUUGCUCCCUUAGUGGACACCCUCCAUUUGGACAAAGAUGAACAGGAAUUACAGAAACCCAACCUCCAAAAGCUGAGAAGAAUGUAUAAAGCAUGGCAACUUUAUGGAAAUAGAUAAGUGGGUGUGUAUUUUAUUUGAAAUGUGUUGUUUACUGUCAACAAAAUGAAUCAUAACUCAUAGAAAUUACCUUUAUUAAAUGGCUCAAUUUCCCCCCAAAGCACUGCAGCUGUUAACUGUUUGUUUGUUUUGUUUUUUUGUUUUUUCAUCUGUAAACUCAUAGGAAGACUUUGCUAUUUAUACAUAACAUUCUGUCGAAAAUGAGCUACAGUUAGCUUCGUAAGUACAUAGUUUGAACACCAGUUUGAUUUAUAUACCAUGGGGAGCACGAAAAACAAUAUUCAGAAAAUGUAUAAAAGCAGAGAUAUAUUUUUUUUAAAUGACGCCAAGAAUAAACAUUGAUAAAUA